AUGUCUCCAGUUCGAUAUGCCUGUGAUCAAGACAAAUCAGUACUUGUAAACAAUUUUGAAACCCGAGGAUGGGUGUGCGUCAACCCAGAUGAAAACUGGAACUUGUACUGGGCAACAGUGCAGAGUGUGAGAAACAUUUUCAGUGUUGACUCUGGCUAUCGACUUGGAGAUGACCACUUUAUCUAUAGCUAUAAAUAUUCAUUCAAUCAAUUAUUAUCUAGCAUGCUAGCUUUUGUUAGCUUUUCCUUUUCUAUCUUUUAUCUACUAGCUUUUAAAUUACAUAUAUCUAUAGCUAUAUAUAUAUCUAUCUAUCUAUCUAUAGCUGCAAAUCUAUAUUAUGAUUUAUUAUCUAUCUAUCUAUCUAUCUAUCUACUAGUUUUUAGUAAAAUUGUGGAGAAAGAUGAAACUGGAAGAUAUAUUUACUUAGAUUUCAUUCCUCAAACUUUCAUGCUUCCUGCCGAUUACAAUCUGUUUGUGGAAGAAUUUCGUAAACAUCCCAACACAAUGUGGAUCAUGAAGCCUUGUGGUAAAGCCAGAGGUGUUGGUAUUUUCCUGGUCAACAAACUUUCUCAAUUGAAAAAAUGGUCAAGGGACAGCAAAACAAACAGCUUUGUACCCCCAACAGCCAAAGAUACUUACGUGAUCUCAAAAUAUAUUGACAAUCCACUUCUGAUUGGAGGGAAGAAGUUUGACCUUCGACUCUAUGUCCUCGUAACUUCAUUCCGUCCACUGAAAUGUUACAUGUAA